AUGCCUGAGGACCGGGAAAGAUUCUCCUCGGUGUCCACUCAGACGGAAAUGGAUGAUGUAAAAGUGAAAAAUGGAGAACUGGAGAGAACUUUAACAAACUCGCAAGAAAAAAAGGAAACGGUCAGUUCUGAUAUUGCAUCAUCGACGGAUAAUUCGACCUCUGUGGAGCCAAAUGAAGUUGAAGAAACAGAACCCUCAACCUCGGAUAAAGUCCCUCCAGACCCAGAACAGGAGGGACCACCAACUUCGAAGGAGAUAAAACAAAACAAAUGCCUAAAUCAGGAAGGCCUAUCAUGCUUCCGGUUUUACACUAACGCCGCACACAGGAAUUACACCGAUUUUGGCGAUGACGCCCAAUUGUCCGAGAGAAUGUUGAGAUUUCUUGUGAGCGCUGUUCUUUGAGGAUUAUUCGAUGUUUACUUCUCAUAUUUCCGACUGUAGUUCACUUAUUUCAGCUCUGUUCUAAACGGAUUUUAUUCGAUGUCUAUGGGUAUGUAACCAUAAUCACAGCUGGCCGAUCAUCUUUCUUUUCUUCUGGAUGGGAUGUAAGAUACCACACUCUGAAUGUGAAAAUUCUUGCAUACCUCAGCCGACUUAUAUUUUUUGAUGACAAAGAUUUGAGGAUCCAAGUGGUCCGGCAAGAAACAGAGAAGUGCAUCGACAGCGACCUGGUCAAACUAAUCUAUCUGGCUAAGAGCAAGUCCAAUUUAAAAUGAAUGAUUUUUUAGAAUUGGAUAUAUCUCUGGACAUCGAUGAAUAUUUCCGAACUAGAGUGGUCGAUCAACUGUUGUGGGAUGUGAAACUAAAAACAAUGGUGUCCUAUGGGUAUCAAACUGAUUACAUUCACUAUGGAGUUGAUCCGGUUCAAUUGUUAAAACCAGAUGACUUUGGAAGGCAUGUUUCUAAUGUUCUGGUCAAUGACAUUCAACGUCCUUAUGAUGUUCGACCACGUGAAGGAGAAGUGCCUGAUACAGUGAGACGGCAGAAAUAUGUAAAGGUCAGAGCGGGAUGUAGGUUACUGUUUGAUAUAUUAAACUUAUUCCAUGCUGAUUCUGAGAUAGUAAUGCGACUUUACACUUAAUUUUAGAUAUAGCAGACGUACUUUACCAUCCCUGCGACGAUCUUAAUUUAAAAAACGUCAAUUUUGUUAUAAUCGCGCAGUAUAUUCCGUAAGUACAAUGGAAGAUUCCAAUACUUUUUUCAAUUCUUUCAGACUGCCAGAGAUGAAGAAAUUGAAAAAAUUACAAGCUGCUUGUAAAUUUGAGGACUUCUUUGACAGCAAUACUUUUGAUCUGUACCGAACAAUCAUGGCGGACAUUAAAAGAGCUGCUCCCGAAUGUACAGUAGACCUUUCUGCCGAUGUUUGUAUUAACACCAGAUCUUACGAGCUUCAAAGUGCCUACAUGAAAAGAGUUGGUGAUGCUUUUCAAAAACUAUUGGCGUUGCUGAGAGUUGAAGACAACCUGUUUGUUCAAAUCAAUGUGAAAACUUUCCUGCCUCUUGCGGUAAGCUCAAGUGCAACGUUUGGACUUGAUGCCGUUUGAUUACGGGAACAUCGAAUUCUUGGUACUAAUCUAUUAUUUACUUAUAUACCCACCCGUCUAAUGCAUAUAUUGUUCCCCCGCUACCAAAUUCCACAGAAAAUCGAAUAUUCAAAUCUCUUCAAAAUUGACUUAUAAAACUUACAUAAUGAUUGUAAAUUUUGAUUUUAGGAACAGCAUCGUCAUGUUGAGUUCUUCUCGGACAUGAGUACGAUUACUCAAUUCCGAAACUUUCGUUUCGACGGAGAUAGUUGGGAUUACUCAGCCACAAUUGAUGAUCCGCCCUCCGUGGAUGGAAACAGAAGGGCUACUCUGGAUUUAGUUACCACCUUCAAUGAUGCCGUGCUGGGGAUCCUGGGCGACAAAGAUUUCAUUGUUUUAGAAUAA